AUCUCCGGCUUGGAUUCUCCGUUUAGCGGUGAGGCUUAUCCUCAGAUUUCCCUAGCGAUGAAGAAAAACAUGGAAGUCUUCGAUUUCAAAGAAGAGGACGAGCUCCCUGAGCCUGCAGCUGGAAAGUUAUUGGAAAAAUUCACAAACCCUAGUCCUUGCAAUUCUCCGGUUUUGCAACGCCAACGCAUCCACAGCUUCUGCAAUGAAAAAAGUGAUCAGAAGGAAGAAAUGGAAGGUCCAAGUUGUACAGAGCCUGCUACUGCUGUAGAGUCAGACGAUCAUCAAUGUGAAGAUGCUCCGACUUUAGUAACAGAAGCUGAGGAGUCCAGAACGAACCUGGCAAAGGAAACAGAUGAAGAUCAAGAUAACCAUGGAUUGAUGUUUGGUUUGAAUACCGGAGACCACAUAGAAGAAACUGAUGUAGAUCAUGGAUUAGAAAGUUUCUCUUGCCAGCCAGGCAGAAGUAGUUUUUACGCUGAAACUUCGUCAUAUAGUCAACGCCAGCUAAACUCACCCUUUUCAGAUUCUUCAUCCAGUGAGGAGCAAAUUGAUAUGAUGUCAGCUAUUGAUGAAAGCUUGAGUGAUCGAUCUGCGUUGAGUCAAGAUUCUGAUUCAGAAGAUGAUGAAGAUUGGAUGGCUGAACUCUGCUUCAACGAUGUAGAAAAGAUUGACCUAAGCACCGCUGUUGUAAUGACUUCGGAGUAUGCUAUACUAAAGGAUAUGCAUUGUGCUGCAUCUCUAGUAAUAUUUUCAUGCAAUGGCAUCAAAAUAAAGAGUUUCCUCGCAAAUAAUGAAGAAGGGCCAUUUUCUUGUGAAUUUGGAGUUGAAGACAUUGUUAGUAUUCAAUACAAUUGGUACCAAAAUGUUGGAUUGAUCAUACUCAGAAUUCGAGUUCUACUGAAGGAUGAAAAAUGCCAUGAAGGUAUGCAACACAUCACAGACAUUGAGGAGUUAAAGAUUGCGGUAAAAGAACAUAAUUGGCCUGAGAAGCAACAAAAGAUAAACUCCCUGCAUGUGAAAUACCCGGCUGUGUGGAAUGCUGACCUCGAGGAUGACGUGGAAGUAUCAGAGUAUAACUUGAAUCAACAGAAGCGUUAUUUUCCAAGCUUUGAUGAACCUUUUGAGGAUGUUGUCUAUCCAAAGGGAGACCCAGAUGCUGUUUCCAUUUGCAAAAGAGAUGUUGAGCUCUUGCAGCCAGAGACAUUUGUAAAUGACACAAUCAUUGACUUCUAUAUUAAUUAUUUAAAGAAUCAGAUUCAAACGGAGGAAAAACAUAGAUUCCAUUUCUUUAACAGCUUUUUCUUCCGGAAACUUGCUGAUCUCGACAAAGAUCCAUCAAGUAUAGCUGAUGGAAAGGCUGCUUUCCUACGUGUCCGUAAGUGGACAAGGAAGGUGGACAUGUUUGGAAAGGACUACAUUUUUGUGCCGGUGAACUUCAACCUUCACUGGAGUUUAAUAGUCAUAUGUCACCCUGGUGAAGUGGCUAAUGGUACAGAUCUAGACUUGGAUGACUCGAAAAAAGUACCGUGCAUAUUACAUAUGGAUUCUAUAAAAGGGAGCCAUGCGGGGCUUAAAAAUCUAGUCCAAAGUUACUUGUGCGAGGAGUGGAAGGAGAGGCAUAAAGAGACAUCGGAUGAUAUAUCUUCCAGAUUCAUGAAUUUGCGGUUUGUCUCACUUGAGUUGCCACAGCAGGAAAACUCAUUUGACUGUGGCCUCUUUCUGCUGCACUAUCUAGAGCUAUUUCUUGCUGAAGCUCCCCUUAAUUUUAGUCCUUUCAAGAUAUAUAAUGCUUCCAACUUUCUUUAUCUGAACUGGUUUCCUCCUGCCGAGGCAUCAUUGAAGCGUACUCUAAUUCAGAAGUUAAUUUUUGAACUCCUUGAAAACCGGUCACGGGAAGUUAGUAAUGAACAGAACCAGUCCUGCGAAAGUCCAGUUGCCGUCAAUGACAAUACGGGCAUUGAGGUUCUCUCUGAGAGAUGCAGCCCCCUGAUAGACUGUAACGGGAAUAUGACACAGACGCAAGACGAUCAAGGAAUCGAAAUGACUUUGCUUGAAAGAUCUUCCAUGAGGAACGUACAAGCUGCUAAUGAUUCAGGUAUGGUACUAAGAGAUUUAUUCGAUUCAGGAGCCAACAACACAGGAUCAUUACUUGUACAACUACAAGAACCAUUCGAGGAACCAUCUUCGUUUUAUCAUCUUAGUAACGACUCGCUGGCAAGAGAGCAAGUGGACAUGGAAACUGGUGAACAGUUUAUGUGUUUGAACGCUGGAGAGGGCAACUUUCAAUGCAUCACUGAAACUGCCUCUCCGAGAGCAUCUAAUUCAUUCUCUUCAUGGAACCUUGGUAUUCCCCUGGUGCAGAAGGAAGAUGAGACUGAUUUGUUAUCUGAAACUUCGAAAAGCACUUCUAAUGAUUCAGAAGAUAUCGGUAUCAUAGAAGACAACCAAAUAGAAAAUACUCAUGAAGGAGAAAUCGGCGAGAGUCCUCCAAGAGAGACCGUCUCUUUAUUAUCUGCUACCGUGGGUUCUAACACUGACCAUAACACUGAGAAUGAAGAGCUCGUUUCUACUCAUGUUGAGCUUGUUGUUCCAUCGAGUCAAGAUGACGGAGAUGAGGAGAAGCCAGUGGAGCAUGAUGAAAUUGGGGACAAGGCGAGUGAAGAUGAUGGAGAUGAGUAUGAUCAGAAAGGAGCCAAUGGAGGAAGAAGAGGAGAAGCGAGCUGCAAAACGGCCAAGGCUGUCAUCUUCCACUGGCGAAGCUGAGGAGAUGGAGAAAUAGAGAUUGGGUGGCUAUCAACACACCACGGGUUUUGUGUUGGGGUCUUGGAUGGUUAGACUUAGAGGAUUUAUAUCAAAUCAACACCUUUAGGACGUGUUUAUAUCGUUGUAGGAGUUUUCUAAGAAGAAAAAGGAAAGAAAAGCGUCUUUCAUCG